GGGAAGAUUUUAAAUAAAAUUAUUAAAAAUUCAUUUUGCAUACGAAAGAAAAAGGAGUGUGCGUGCUUGCUAUAGACCCAAAUAACCGUAUUCAGAAUAUUUUGGUUAACACAUUGUUUACCCUUAUCCCAUCUUCCCCCGCACUACCUUGGCCCAGACACAAUCAAACUGUAACAUGCCAAUGCAAUCACUCUCAAACUGUAACAACCAUGGAUUUCUUUUAUUUGCUAUCAUAUUUGUGGGUUUGGCCAAUGUGGCACAAUCGUCGAGUCAAAUAGAUGUGGAUGAGGAUCUGAAACAUUUGCUGGGUCGCUGUCAUAGUCAAGCGGAGGAUUUUAAUGAUUGCAUGAAACAGGUUUUUAACGAUCUAAGGGCAUACUUUACGACUGGCAUUCCCGAUCAUAAUAUCAAGCCCUUUGAUCCCCACUAUUCACCCUAUGUGGAAUUGCGACGCGGUGAUCCACAUGGUUUGGGCAGUUUCAGUUUGAUACUACGCAAUGUUUCCGAGUUCGGUUGGUCACGCUCCGAGGUGACCAAAUUUCAUGCUGAUAUCGAAGAUCAACGUAUUGUGUAUACUCAGUACUUUCCGGAGAAAAGUCUAGAGGGUCAAUAUGAAUUUAAAGCCAAAAUGCUUGGCAGUGAUCUCAGUCGUCAGGGUUAUUGGAAUCUAACAUUAUACGAUUAUAGCCAAACUACAAGUGUUCGACGUGUGGGUAAACCUGGUUCUCUAAUCAAAGUUCAUGUGGAAGUGGAUCGCAUUGGUGGCAUGGAAUUGCAUAUAGAUAAUUUACUGAAAGGUCAACCUUUAAAUCAAUUAGCCGAUGGUGUAAUCAAUAGCAUGUGGCAAUUGGGUUUGCCAUUUGUUAGGCCCAUGAUAAAUGAGCUAGUUAGUACAGCUUUUACUGACAUAUUCAAUGAGUCAUUUCGCAAUUUUCCACUGGAGAAGUUCCUUAAUCAGACGUGAUUCUAGUUAAAUAUACGAGUGGGACUAACAAAACAAAACAACUAAAGAAGUUGCCAUACAAAAAACAAAUAAACUAAUUUCAAACUCUUCAUAAUUUACACACUUUCUACAUGUAAAUAUUUCAAAAUUUCCAUU